AUGCAGACCCAGGCGCACGAUGAGCUCACCCAGACCGUCUUCGACGCCGUCGAGUCCCUCACCCACGUCCGCAAGGCCGGCUUCCUGCUCGAGACCGCCCUCGCGCUCAUCGAGGCCGGACGAUACGGCGACGAGGUCGAGAAGUACCUGGAGGUGUACCUGCGCACGCCCAACCUGGAGACGCAGGACAUCUCGCGUGCCCUGCUCGCCCGCGGGAAUGCGCGCAAGAUGGCGGGCGAGAGGCUCAUGGCCAAGGCCCAGGCCGACUUCCAGGCCGUCGCGAAGCUCGACCCGUCCAACCGGCAGCUGCAGGGGUUCCUCAGGAGAAGCGAUAUGAUCCACUUCGUCGACGAACCAGCUUCACAAAGGGCUCCCCCAGAAAUUUGGGAGCGCAUCGCCCGUUUUAUCCCCCGCUACCACCUUCGCACAUGGCUUUUCGUUUCGGCCUUCCACAGGGACAUUGCAGUACGGCUCAUCUUCCACACUGUCGACCUCUACUUUGGCGAGGACCAAGAACACAACCGAGGCCUCGAUAUCUUUGACAGAGUCAAGGCGGAUCCGACAUUCGCAAGGCGAGUCAAAGCACUUCGGUUACACUGGGCGUACGAAGAAAACGACAUGUUCGACAUCAUUUGCCGCAUGUUCAUCUCAGCGCUUCCCGCAUUCUCUGCACUCCGCGAGUUCGAGUGGAUCGGGUAUCCUGAGCUACGAGCGGACCUCGUACAGGCCGUACUUCAAGCACAACCACGCCUCCACACACUUGGGCUCAUUGGUUGGCACUUUGACGCUGUCGGAGUGAGCGGCUUCCACGGCUUGCGCACGUUCAUCCUGCGUGCCGAGGACGACGACGGAUUUGCCGACAUGGGCGAGGUCCGGACCGUGCUUGACGAAAACCAGGAAACGCUGCGGCACCUCACGCUUGGCGCGUACCUGCAGCGGAACCAUUCAUGGGACCACGCAUUCCAGUCGGCAACGAUCCGGAAUCUGACGCAGCUCGAGCUCGUCGACACCCGCAUCUCGCACGUCGUACUGGCGCGCAUUGCGCACGCACAUCGGCUCGAGAGCCUGACGCUGCACGGGACGUUCGAGGAGCCAUGCUCGGCAAGCGUCGUCUUUGGGAGCGACCACAUCAUCGACGGCGUCCACACGUUCUUGCCGCACCUCGAGGAGUUCCGAUUCGUGAUGGUCGGGCAUGACGAUGACCUCGGGCUGUUCCAGAGCGUCGCGCAGUUCCUCAAGCAACGCCCGAAACUACGGAGACUCGACCUCGGAAACUGCCCGUGGGACCUGGUGCACAGCGUCCUGCCGGCCCUCAAGGGACUCCGGGUGCUGCGGGUGCGGAUUCCGAAACUCAACGAUGCGUCGCUCCACAUCCUUCUCAAGGCGAUCCCGCGGGAGCUCUCUGCGCUUCACCUCGAGACUGCCGUCUCUGAGAAGCUCAUCCACCACUACGCGAAGGCGUUCAAGGUCUUCCACUCGAUCAGCAUGCUCCACCUGGACAGCAACCGGCGGCGACCGCAGCCGAACCUGCUCUCGGACAAGGAGUACCAGCUGCACACGGAGGAGUGGGCGGCGCACGCGCGGAGCAUCGCGCAGGACCUGCCCACGCUCGACUUCGUCGGCUGGCACGGCGAGCACUACGUCGUCGUCCGCCACGGCGGCGACGGCAGCGCGAAGAGCGGGCGGGUCGAGCUCAAGGAGCUGCCCGCGCGGCGGCGGCUGGACUGCGCGAAGGGCGUCGACUUCGGGACGGGGGACGCGGCGUGGAUGGAGCGGAAGGACCUCCCGAUGGACUACGAGGCGCCCGGGCUGCUGCAGUCGUGA